CACACUUAACUUGGACUGAGGAAGAGCAAGAUGCUGCUUCACUGGAACAUGGACAUGAGGGGUAUCGUGGGGGUGUUGGUGUAUUUGUCUUUCGGACAGUGUGCUUUACUUCCUGAACUCCGUGCAACAGAGUUUGGGUUAAUGCCCCCUGAGAACUUUACGCAAGGACAAACGGGAUUUGCGGAGCCUGAUUUAUCCUAUUGUCAGAUGCUUCUGGAAGCUCCGGUUCCACCCACAGCAGACCAGGUACCCUGGUUCUGCAUCUGCUCCACUUGUUCCGGAAACCGAGGCCAGAAAGGAGACAGAGGCGACCGCGGACUGCCAGGAGUUCCUGGUAGUCCAGGUCCAAGAGGCCUCACUGGGCUUCCCGGCCGUCCCGGAUUCACAGGACGUCCCGGCAUAAAGGGUGAGAAAGGUGACACCGGAGAUAAGGGUGACAUUGGUCAUCUUGGAGUUUCAGGGCCAACGGGAGACAGGGGAUUUAAAGGUGAGAAGGGUGACCGUGGUCUUGAUGGUCCUACGGGAGAACAGGGUCCAAAUGGAGAAGAUGGUCAGUGCCCGGAAACCUGUGAGCCCAUACCAGGGCCGGCAGGUGAGCCAGGUCUUCCCGGCCCUGCAGGUGCACGGGGGUUACCUGGGCUGAAUGGAGACCCUGGUCCCAAAGGGAUGAAGGGUGAUCCGGGUGUGGUGGGGGAGUCUGGCGUUCCAGGUGUACCAGGGGAGAAGGGUGACCAAGGUCCACAGGGCCUGUGCAAUUGUCAGGAUGGGGCUCCAGGAGCCCAGGGUCAAACAGGUGAAAAUGGUGAGAAGGGAGACCAGGGUCCGACAGGGCUGACAGGUCAAACUGGAGCCACAGGACCUAAAGGUGAUCAGGGAGAGAUGGGAAUGACUGGUAUGCCCGGACCUUGUUCACCCACCGUGCAAUCUGCUUUCUCUGCUGCUUUACUCACUUCCUAUCCUACACCGAGCCGGCCAGUGCCUUUCAAACGUGUCAUCUACAACUUAAACCUGCACUACGAACCUAAUAACGGCGUCUACACCGCCCCGGUUAACGGAACCUACGUGUUUAGCUACCAUCUGCAAGUGUCCAACCGUAUGCUAAAGGUCGGACUCUUCCACAACUUCGAGGCCAUGGUGAGGACAACUACGUUGGUGGAAAUGAACACUGCCUCUCAGCAGGUGGUGAUGAGUCUGAACCAGGGUGACUGGGUGUGGGUGCAGGUGAAAGACAUCGCCAGUAACGGCAUGUUCACCGGCAGCGAGGCCAGCAGCACAUUCAGCGGGUUUUUGUUGUACCCAGACAGAUGUGAUGACAUGUUUGGAAGAGAUUUCAAUGGAAACGCUGCUAACAAUGGAACUGAUCCAGGGUUCCCUAGCUAUAAUAUUCCCUGGGAACAUUCGUAAAGACCCAUAUGUAUACCUUACC